AUGAUUGUUUUCGUGAAAUCGACAAAUGAAACUUUUUGGUUUCCAAUUUUCCGAUUGAAUGAUUUGAAAUCGAGCGAUUUUCCAUUAUUUGGAACACUCGAAAUUAUAUUUUUAAUAAUUUCUGGAAUUUUUGCAUUUCGAACUUCAUGGAUAAUUUUGAAAAUUCGAGUAUUCCACGAGAAUAUGUCAAUUAUGCUAACUUGUUUGUGGAUUUUAUGGAUCGAAGCAUUUUUCGCGAAAAUCAUAAUUCUUCCCUUUCAAUUCAAUUUGAUUUCUUUAUCUGGAAAAUCAGAGAUUGUAUCGUGGUGGACUUCGAAUUAUGAAAAAAUGCUGAAAAUUGAGGAAUUCUCUGAAAUUCGCUGGUUAUUUGUUGCAAGUUUUAUAUUGUGGCAUUAUAUUUAUUCAAUGUUUUUGACAGUUUUUGCGAUGGCAAUGGAGAGGAUUUUUGCGACGAUUUAUAUUGAGUUAGUUUAGAUUUUGGUCAGGAAAUUAUUUUUUAGAACUUUUUAGAAGCUUUUCAAAUGCAAAUUUAAUAUUAUUGAGCUUGAUCUUUAGGAAAUGACAACAUUUUUGAAAGUUAUCGAAUUACGCGGAGAAACUAGAAACAAUAUAUUCCAAAAUUUCCGGAAAAAUUGAUCUUGAACUUUAGAAAAUCAAUAAUUUUUAAAUAUUUAUCACUGCUGAAAAUUCUAGCCAACCAAAAUUACGUGAAGUAGAAUACCAGGAGCUCCUAACAAAAAUUUGCAUGCCAAAAAUCUGACUUUUUAUCAAAUUUCACUUGAAAACUCGGAUUUGAAAUGUAAAAAACGCGAUUUCUCAAUUAAGCCCCGCCCCCUUUGCACACAAACGAUGGCGACACGCACAACCCGUCGACCGUCGCUCACACCAGAAAUUGAUAUAUUCGUGUGUCUUGUGUGUUUAUCGCUUUCGGGCGGUAGCGAAGCUAUCGUCAAAAAUUUUUUUUUAAUGGGGAAUGUUUCAUAAUUUUCUGAAGUUUUGGGAUUUUUGUGAAAGUUUCAGAAUCGAAAUAAUCUACUUUACAUAGAAAACUAAAAAUUCAGGGACUACGAAAACACAUCUCGCAAGCAUAUUCCAAUUUGCCUAAUUCUGCUAACUCACUUUUUCACAAUUCCCCUGGCUUUCCUUAUAACUUAUAAUAAACUACCAUUUAGUAUCAGCUACGGUUUAAUUAUCUUAUUUUCAAUUUCAGUACUUUUGGUAACUCAAUCAAAAUCUGAUUUUCAAAAAGAAACCCCGAGAAUAUUUUUCAGAUGUUCUAUCUGAUUUGGCACUAUAAUUUCACAAUGAAAAAAACAAUAGAUCUCCCAAAUAUGUAUACUCUUCACAAAAAAUUUCAGAUAAAUGAAAAUUAUCGAGCAUUGCUCAUGGCAAGACGAAUUGUAAUCGGCGGAACAAUUUAUGCCUCAAUUUUUGGAAUUCUCUUCUUUUUUUCUGAAUUUUGA